AUGCCACCUCCUUUCUGCACGACGCCGCCUGGCCAGCGCGUACAGUCCAUCAGCUUAUCGUCGGCCGCGACCGCUUCGUCCUCCUCCUCCACCUCCAGUACAACAAUUGACUGCACGCCACCUAGCCUUGUACGAGCGGCUACACCUGAAUCCUUCACUGUUCCAAGUCCCGACUCCUCUCCUCGGACUGUGCAACGCUACACUGAGAAGACGAAACAAGAUGGCCUGCCUCACAGAUCUGUCUACUCUCUAUUCCGCCGCCGCCGCACCCAAGGCAUCUUCCGCUGGCUCCUCGUCCUCGUCGCUUUGUGGUUGUCACUUCAGCUCAUUCUUCACCUUUACGCCAAUCGUGGCCCCAAUACUACGCUUGGCUCGCAAUGGCACUCGGAGAUACGGCGACUUCAUUUGAUGAGGCAGAAGACACAUAACCCGGUCGAAUGGCUCAGAGAGAACUCCUUUCCCAAUGACGUUAAGGCAAACCGUCCAAAGGCAGCCCUGAUAAGCCUGGUGAGGAACGAAGAGCUGGAUGGUAUCUUGCAGAGCAUGCGGCAAUUGGAAUUCCACUGGAACCAGCAGUACAACUAUCCAUGGAUAUUUUUCAACGAGAAGCCUUUUUCCGAGGAGUUCAAGGCUGCAACGUCAAACGCGACCUGUGCCCGCACCGAAUACCACCUCGUCCCACGGUCUCACUGGACCACGCCACCGCACAUCAACCAAACGCCCUACUACAACUCCCUCGACUACCUCUCCCUCACUGGAGUCGGUAAAGGUCACCUCCUGUCCUACCACGCCAUGAUCCGCUGGCAAUCCGGCCUGUUCUACCUCCACCCGGCACUCGAGAAGUAUGACUAUUACUGGCGAGUCGAACCGGACGUCCACUUCUUCUGCGACAUUCCCUACGAUCCAUUCCGAUUCAUGCACGCAAAUGAGAUGGUGUACGGCUUCAACAUGGCGAUCCUGGAUGACGCGAGAUCAUUUGCAUCGCUGUGGUCAACCACACAAGAUUUCAUCGUCCGAUACCCUCACCUGCUCCAUCCUGAUGCGAAUCUUGACUGGCUGGUCGAUCCCGCGACCGGGUGGAACUACAACAACUGCCAGUUCUUCAGCAACUUCGAGAUCGGCUCUCUUGACUUCUUCCGCAACAACGAGGGCAGUCGACUCUACUUUGACUGGUUGGACCAGAAUGGAGGGUUCUACUAUUCUAGGUGGGGAGACGCCCCCGUGCAUACCCUCAUGGUGAGUAUGUUCACUGCGCCGGAGAAGGUAUGGUGGUUUCGGGACGUGGGCUAUCAGCAUGACAUCGCGAGACAUUGUCCUCCGGCGGGGAAUCCCUUCGAAGGUAUACGACUGGGAUGGGCUGAUGGCCGGUGCACCUGCGAGCCUACCUCUCUGGACGAGAACUUCUACAAGCUUGUUCCUAUGGAGAGCCCGCAGAUGAAGCCAUCUGAUACGUGCAUCCGCUUGUGGCUCGGCGGAGAGUGGUUGAAGAAAAAAGAGGGAUGGAGUCAGGAUGCUGAGAGAGUGUUGGGGGGAGACGGGUAUGGCGGGUACCUGAUGGAUGGGAUGUAA